AUGACACUCUAUUACAGCCUUGUUUUCCUCCUCUUGGUGUUCGAGAUGGCGGUCUUCCUCGCCCUCGUCGUUCCUCUGCCGCACACCAUCAAGCGGAAGCUCUUUGCCUUCGUCUCGGAGAGCCCGAUUAUCGCUAAGCUACAAUAUGGAUUGAAGAUUACAUUCAUCUUCAUCCUUAUUUUGUUCAUUGACAGUGUCAACCGCGUGUACCGCGUGCAGCAGGAGCUGUCGGCUUUCACCAAGGAUGGUCCCGCUGUCGGAGCUGCCCAUCUCGGUACCGACCGCAUGGAGGUCCAGGCCCGUAAAUUCUACUCGCAACGCAACAUGUACCUUUGCGGUUUUACCCUCUUCCUCUCCUUGAUCCUCAACCGCACCUACACCAUGAUUCUCGAGGUCCUCCGCCUUGAGGACCGUGUCAGACUCCUCGAGGGCGACAAGAAAGCUGGCGGUAAGGACUCUGCCCGUAUCGCCGAGGCUGGGUCCCUCGGCGAGAUCGGCCGCCUGAAGGAGAUCAUCGAGGCCAAGGACCGCGACAUCGCCACCCUCAAGAAGCAGUGCGAGGGCCUGACCCGCGAAUAUCACAGCCUGGGCGACAAGGUCUCCACCUCGAAGGGCGAUGAGAACGAGAAGAAGGACCUGUAA